AUGGUUCAAUUGGAAGAAGUCCCCGACGAUGAGCUGCACCCCUCUCAGCCUGGGCCAAAAGAGGAUGAAGAUGACUGGGACACCGACUCGGCCUCUCAUCGCACAGAAUCCUCCGUUUCCUCCGUCGACGACGAAGAUACGCUCGACGAAAGUCUGCUCGACCGAGUCGCGGCACUAAAAGACAUCGUGCCCCCCACCUACCGCAAACGCAUCUCCACCCUCUCCUCCACGGGCUACAGCUGGGCAUCACGCGCGCUGAGUCUGAGUGGCAAGACGCUGUGGGUGGUCAGCACGAGCGCGCUGUUAUUGGGCGUGCCGUGGGCGCUGGCGUUUAGUGAGGAGCAGCAGGUGCAGGAGAUGGAAAAGGAGAUGCGCAUGCAGCAGAGUGCGAAUGAGUUGCUCACGCAAGGCACCGGGGCGAAACCCGCAUUGUGA